GGAGAUGAACAUUGACCCUUUAAUGGGUAACGGCAACGUUUUGACUUUCUGCACAAUAAUUUCAUAUACUCUCCCUUCUUCGAAAAGUCCAAAGGGAUCAGAAUCAUUUACUUCACCAUUAUUCUAGUCUAGUAUAAAGGCAGACAGAUCGAGGUUCUGAAAUCUUAAGCUAGCUUGAGAUUUGAGAGUUGAGACCAAACCAAUGGCAAAUAAUAUUGGCCUUAGUUUCUUCCUUCUGGCUCUACUUCUACUUUCAAAGGUGGAAGCAAGACCAAUGCCUGCAGCUCCCAUUUUGCCUCUAUCUGAUCCAGAUUUUUCAUCUUCUUCCAUUUCCAUAACAUCAUCAUCACCUAAUGAAGCAAGCCUGAGUGAUAUUGAUGAUGAUGAUGCUUGCAAGGGUUUAAACAGCAAGGACUGUUUGAUGAGAAGGUCGAUGGUUGCCCACACAGAUUACAUCUACACACAGGAUAUCAGCACUAGUACUGAACCUUGAUACUAGCUAAUAUUUUCUUCUUUACUUUCUGUUGUAAAUCUGGCGAAUCCUAUUUAUGGUGGAAACUGAAGGUUUUUGUAUCUAAUUUGAUAUAUGAAACCCUGGAAUUGAGAUGUAAUCACAUGAAGUUCAAUGCAUGGUGAGUAUCCAGGCUAUUCGGUCACUCUUCCCUGUUCAUGACCAGC